AUGGCUUCCAGACCAAAACAGAACAAAUUGUCGAACAAAUUCACAGGCAACCCUUCCUCUCGUCGAUCAAGAAAUGUCGACAAGGGGCAUUUGCAUGCAUUGCAAUGUCUUGAAAGAAUGGAGGAGUUUAGGACGAGCGAAAUCCUUUGUGAUGUUGUUUUGGAAAGUUGUGAUGGAGCACUCUUCAAAGUACACAGACUUGUUUUGGCGGCUUGUAGCUCAUAUUUUCAAGCCAUGUUUACCAACGAAAUGCGAGAAUCAAAGGAAGAAAAAAUCAAAAUUCCUUUGGAGUCACACGUUUUGAAAUUGCUGAUCGAAUAUGCUUACACCUGUAAAAUGGAUUUGAAAUCUCUAACUCAAGUGAAAGCUGUGUUAGUCGCUGCCAACAUGUUGUUAUUCAAUGGAGCGGAAAAGAUUUGCGUCGAUUAUAUCGGCAGAAAAAUUAACACAAAAAAUUGUGUGGAAGUCAUAACAGUUGCUGAAAUGAUAUCAAGUCAAGAAUUAUCAAGAAUAGCUUUCGAGUUCAUGGAAAAGAACUUUGUGGAAUUAAGCUGCCAAAAAGGUAUGGGCCGAUCUUGGAGAGACAUGUAUAAGUAUUCAAUAUGGAUGCGCCGGUUAUGAGGGAAGCCUCUAGACUAGUUUUUGUUGUUUUUUCUUUUGAUGUAAAUUUGACCUUGCAAGCUUGUGGCAAUCAGAGGCUUAUGAAAAAGAGCCUCCUACAGCAAAUUUUCCAGUGGGUGGUGGUGGGGAGAGGAUGGUGUAAUAUUCCCCUAUUGAAAAGACAUGGGUGCUCACCAUAUCCUUUAUGCAUGGUUCAAUUUGACCUGUUACCUUCCCCCGCCUGGCAACCCCUGGGACAAGUCCAGCUUUUCGGAACUGGGGGUGGGGAAUUGUUUGAAGUGGUGCUCUUCCUGGGUGUAGGGGGUGAGGCAAAUAACUUCUCCUUGUUUUUGCAAAGUACAUGUCAUUUCUUGUGCAGUUUGCAUGCUGGCUGCAGACCUCAAGGCUACAUACUUUUAAGGGCAAAUGCAGGAAUUGGUGGAAGAGUGGUUGGAGAGGAAUAACCUAUCAAAAUUAAAGUCUGUAUUUGAAGGUGUUUUUCAAAAUUUCCAACGAAUGUGGGUUUGAUGAGCACUCGAAUGUUUUUUUUUUUUGCAAAAGAAACGAAGAAAUAUUUCUUCAGCCUUGUUUAAUAAGAAGACAACAUAAAUAGACUGUCCUAAGAGGAAUACUAUACUUAUAAUAUAUAUAGAUAAACAGAGAUACAGUCCAGUGUUCUUAUGAAGUGUUUUAUCAUACCAAGGAGGCCCUUUGAGGUUUUUUCUUCGCACAUUUUAGUUUUCUAAUAUAUUGUUCAUGUUUUACCCACAUUAUGCACUUAUUAUCCUUCUUUAAAUAAAUUCUAGAAAACGUUUAUAGAAGUUAUGAAAAUGUCUCUUUUUGCUAUUAUAGGGAAAUCAAUGUUGAUCUCAAAAAGACGUACCCAAAAAAUAUGUAUAUGAGGUUGAUCAGGACCUCGAGGUCGGGGAAUUGCCUCUUUUUACAUUCCCGGGGGUGGGGAAUAUACCACCAAGAAAGAAAAAAAAUUGCAAAUCCCCGGGGGUAUGCCCGGAAGGCAUGGUAACAGGUCAAAUUGAACCAUGCAUUAGGGGGUUAAAAUUCGAAGAUCAGUUGAACCUUAAGUGGCAAAAUCUAAAAUGAUUGUCAUCACAGCAAGAGUUGUUUUGGUUUCUUAAUGGACAUUUUACAGCUAUGUACCCUGAAAAUGAAGAGAACUCCGCCAGUUUUUUGUGGCUUCUGCCUCCUUUAAGGGAAUUCAGGCAUUACUCAAUCACGGCAGAAAAAGGUUCAUUUUAGAGAAUCCUAAAGAGCAGAUUCAAUGUAAGAGAACAUUGUAUCGCAUUUCACUUUGCAAACCUGUAAAAAUUAAUGCUCGAAUUACUGCCAAGAGUGCUAAUUUUUUUUUUUUAAGUCUAUGGGGCGCUUAUUUGAAGUGAGGUGUUAUUUUGAGGGGGGGGCGGGGAGGUAGAUAUUAAAUUUUUUACUAUUUCAACCUCAAGCUGGCACUUGUCUUUGUUUCAAGUGUAUUAAAACUGCAACAUAAAACAUUCAUUCAAGGUUCUGUUUGCAAGAUAUUUUUUCUCUGAAAUCACUUUAAUAACCUGAUACCGUCAUAGUUUCUCUGCCCUUGCCCGCCUAUAUUACUUAGCAUGCCCAACCAAAACCACCAUGCUACGCAGGCUACCACCCUGGGGGGGGGGGGCACUUUAGGAAUUUCUGGGUGGGGAUGUGCCGCUGGGACCCUGGAACCCUUGACCUAUACCAGAGCUAGUUCAGCUGAAUUUUGCUACCCUAUACUAGAGUAAACUCCCAAAAUCCCCCUAUCCUAGAGUAGCUGUUUCCCCAAUCUAGAUAAAAUCUUCAACCAACUGAUCAGUUUCCUGAAAAAUGAUACCCUAUUCUAGACCCAAAAGCUCUGAUUGAUAUACCCUAUCCUAGAGUAAACUGCUUGAAAACCAUACCCUUCACAGCGGCACAUACCCAUAUAGCCCAUAUAUGGCAGUACCCCCCGCCCCCCCGUGGCUACCACCUCCUUAAAUGGUCACUUCUCAAGUUCUUUUCAUGGUAAACAUGAUCUUUUAUUUCUUUGUAGGAUUUCUGUCCAUGCCAGCAGACAUCUUAAAAAAGUUAAUUUCAUCAAACAGCCUAGAUAUUUGCUGCAAUGAAGAAGGUGUUUUAAAAUUUGCCUUGGCUUGGAUCAGUCACGACGUGACAAAUAGACGCGAACAUUACCCUGAUGUAAUGAAAAAUAUUCGACUUCCACUUGUGCCGAGAAACUUGUUGAUGGAAUUACUGGGGUCUGAUUUUGGAAUACUCAAAAAUGCUGGUGAGUAGUAGAUUCGCACAACCCCAAGGGGUGGGGGGUGGGGGGCUGGGGGUGGGGGAGGAGGCACUAACACAAAGCUUUUUUUGAGAACCCGAAUUCGGCAAAAGUGGAAAUUAACUAAAUACGAAACACAAAGAAGCAACACGACGGUGCCAGGAAGAGAAGAGGUUCACCAUGUAACGUGACGCAACUGAAAGCGAUAAAAACACAAGCGUCCAGCAAGGUUGGCUGUUUAAGUCUUAAUGUUGCGACCACUUUCGUUAUUCGUGUCAUACGUGUGAGUAAAAGGAAGGUUGCAUGACCGAGUUCCUUAGCGUUCACUGACCAUCCAGGGUUCAAUUCCUCCCUCUUGAAACUUUCUGGAUUUGUUCUCGGUAGCCCUAAAAGUACGAAAUAGCUAACUGGCUUGCCUCUGGUUAUUUGGGAUUACUUUUCAUGUAUAAUUUGCAGUGUAGAGAUUAAACAAAUUUUUAAAAGGUAAGGAUUGGAAAAACCUGAGAAGCACCAAGUUAUCUGAUACGAUUUUGAUUACCAACUGCUGGUCUUCGAAAAAGUUCGUCUUUUUACGUGUACUUUACACUUUUCUAUCUGUUCGGACGUUUAUAGACAACAUUUGCCGCCUAACCAUCUAAAAAAUGUGGCGUAUCCAAAAAGGGACCUAUAAUUUUCGGGUCUGGGGGAAAUGGUAAGCUUUUGAUCCCUAUAAUUUUCGGAUCACUAGGCUUUCAGCUAGGAAAUCCGAACAGAUUUUUUAGACCAAAUUUAAAUACCCCCAGUGCUAUGUUUAAGUGGUUUUGAACCUCGGAAGGUCUGGACCCGUCACUGGUGCAAAUUUUGAAAUUUUAGAACCAAAGCGCCCUUUGUUUCAAUCAACUUUUAUUCCUUCCGGGGGGGGUAGGUAAGUUUUGAUCCCUAUAACUUUCGGAUCACUAGACUUUCAAAAAUGCAGACUAAAAAAUUUUUGUCUAGUCAUUUUUUAUUGACGGCGAAACCAGAAGCACAGACAUCCAUAAUCUGGAGCUUCCGCAGCUGCAACUAAUGGUUGACGACUGGCUUCUAGUCUUCUUUGCCUUCGACGAAAAUAGAAGAAACCACCCAAGACAACAAUUACCACAGCACCGCAGAUGAUGCCAAUGAUUAAAGGCGUGUAAUCAAAACAGUCAAUUUCUUUGCACCAUCCUCCACAGCAGUUGUAAAAGUCGAAGUCUCCGCCAUGACAAUCAGAGUUCGUGGAACACAGCGAUCCUCCGCAGUCAAUCGAAUUGGUACACUUUUUGUUACAACAUAUAAGGUCUCCAGUAUCAUCACAGUCGGUGUCAGUCAGACAUGAGUCACAGUCUAAUUCACAUUUGUGGUUACAGCAAUGUUCAUUGGUCCCACACUGGUCCUUUAAUGAACAAUCCUGACCGACACAAUUCGGAAGUGACACGCACAAAUGAUUGCAGCAGCUUUCACCAUCGGCGCAUGCCGAACUCUUGUCGCAGGUACAGCCAACACAACUUGAUCCGUUAACACAUUCGUAACAGCAGCAGGUUUGGCCUAUGGCGCAUUCGUCUUGAUACACACAGAUAGAACGAUCCUUGAAGGUUCCCUGCAUAGCUAACGAAAAACCAAACAACGUGUUUAGCACCAUCCAAGCCUGGAGCAGUGAUACCGCCAUUAUUGAAAUGUUGUGACUCCAAAGUGCUAUAAUAUUAUGACGUCACUGGACAAGCCGGAAGCUAUUGGUAUUCUGGGAAACAAGAGCAAGUGAAAGAGUAUGAGUCAGUCAAGAUGGCAACUUCCAUGUUUCAAAUCUGCUUGGAUCAUUUAAACUGUGUGGUGUUGAUUCUGACAUGUGGAUCGUCGUUGGUUGUUCAGGGAUGUGUGACAGCAGCAGACUGUAGUGUUAGUCAAGUUUGCUGCGAUGAUGACUGUGUGGAUGGCUCAAGUUGUGUUGGCCACGUUUGUUUUUUCGAUUCCAACUGUGCCUGGGGCGAAAGCUGUUGCGGAACUCCUGGUGUAUGUGUUCUAGGUUCAAAUUGUUUAGGACAAGCAUGUACACCUGACGGUACUGGCGGAAAAAUCUGCUCCGGAGGAGAAAGCUGUUGUAGUAGAAAGUGCAUCAAUGGAAGUGUCUGUAUUGGGUCAUCCUGUUCGAAGGACUCCGUUAACAACAGGUGUCACGUCCUAUGGUUCCACAUAAACAUCUGCAAAAAUUCCUGUGGCCUUUUGUCUUAAGGCGUGGUCCGAUUGAUGUGGUAACAGUGAAAUACCUUGCCGAGUAGAAGCUCAUUUCCUUUCUUUGUAGCUUAAAAGUCAUGUAAUUUUAGCUAUACGCAAUGGAAUCUUGAAAGGGGCCAUUGUGUGGUUCAGACUUCAUCGAGCCGCAUCUUGCUGAAGUGUAGACAAAAAUGUUUUUGAUUACAUCCCCUUGUUUCUUGGCGUAGUCUAAAUUAAAGUAAAUAUUUCAUUAUUUCCUCGCCUUAUGGGGCUCUUUAGGGAUAAUGAAAAAAAAAAUUAAAAGGAACAUAACAAGGUUAGGAAUCCCAACUGGUAAAAGGCGAAUAAGUUGGCUAUUUCACAUGUGUGGCCGAGGAUUUGAACUCGGGACUACCGCGAUCCAAUCCAGCCAGCGGUUAGUGCAGGACUUGAACUCGGGGCCUAUGGAUUACAAGUACAACGCUCUAACCUCUCGGCCACGCUGCUUCCUCAUAUCGUCAAACUGUUACGGAUUCUCCCCCUCCUUGACUGGGUCCUGUUUUCUCGUUUCUCUGCGCCUCCCAAUUUGGAAGUGAAAACCCUGGCAACGAGCUUCGUCAUACGUAGUUGAUGAGAAACUCUGGGAACGACGUUAAAUCUGUGAUGUGUUAUCAUCAGAUUGCUUUUUCAGGGGAUUUUCUAUUUCCGCCGAGAAAAAAAUACACUAGAUACUAGUCGCUUUAUUAAAGUUGUAGAUCAUAGAAAUGAUUGUCAAAACGUUGAACCGCCAGCGAGCCCUUGGCGAGUGGUUUAACUACAAUAUUUUACAAAUUUUGGUAUUGUCUCUAUUAGCCAUAUAUCCAGUAUGUUUUUUGAGAACGUUUCUGACAAAGCCACUUUAAGGAGAAGAUUUUCUUCCCAGAGUCAACUGUGGAGACAUGUUGGCUGAGUUCACUUUUGAGUCUGUGGACAAGAAUUCUUAAGUAGUGAACAUGUACCUCCCUCCACACAGUAACCUCUGUUUCUUUCUACGUAACUCUUGGGUUCAAACCAUUCAACGUGAAACCAUUCAGCUCUAGUGCCAUUUGUUUCUCGGCUUUUUUGCGAAAUGCGGAUUUUAUUUUAGCACUUUUCAGUAAAAGUAAGAGUCCAGUUUUGUUAUUUGUAUUUGUAUUUGUAUUUUGUAUUUUCUCCACUUAGCAUCAAGUACAGAACUAUUCAUUACAGAAAAUCAAUUUUGUUCCCCUUAGUAAAAUUGUAUAUAACCGUAAAAUUCCGAAAAUAAGCCCCGGGGCUUAUAUUUUUCAAAGACCCAUUUUGAGGGGCUUAUUUUUGGAGGGACUUAUGUACAGAGGGAAAUUUGAGUUUCAAAAUCGAUUGGGCUAGCCUUAUUCUUGGAAGGAAAUUUACCGUUUUUCUUUGUUUUACUUUGUAUUUGAGGGCAGUGUCCAAGAACAAGCCCCCCCCCCCCCGGGGGGGGGGGGCUUGUAUUUGGAGAGGCUUAUACAUGGGGGGGCUUAUUUUUGGAAUUUUACGGUAUGACAGCAAAAAAAUAGAUACAGCAUAGAUAUUAUACUGAAAACGUGACCAUCUUGCUUGGUGACCACCGACCGUUAUUUAAGACUAUAUUCAGGCGCUAAAACUGUUUCCUGGCGUCUGUUGCAAUGGAUGGCAAUCAGCUGAACAUCGAUUGAAACUUAAAAACGUUAGGCUAGUUUUUUCAAGUAACUUUUUUUCAAGCACAGAAUUGACCAGAAACAGCAAUAUUCUCUUGAUGUAGCCCCUUUAAAGGCAGGACCUCUGCAAUUAAUAGGACAGGUCAUUUUGAACAAACUGCAGUCGACUCCCGAUAACUCGAAUCCUCGCUAACUCGAACCUCGCGCUAACUCGGACCAAAAUCGAUUUCCCUGGAUUUCCUUCAUACGUUUACUGUAAUUUUACCCUCCGUAACUCGAACCUCCCGCUAGCUCGAAGUAAUUUUUGUUUCCCUUUGGUUCAUUUUUCUAUAAAGUUACCCUCAGUAACUCGAACCAUGUUUUGAGCGCUUGUAAAGUCAGGGAAAAAACCGUGUACUGGCGUCCGAAGCAUUGAAUUUUGAAUUUUCCAUUGACGUGUUGUAGGCAUAUAGCUUACUUGUGGAGGCUAAUGUUGUUUGUUACAAAUCUAACGUGAAACGGCUUUCCUUCUCAAAACUGUUAAACGCAUGCUCUGUUUGGGCUAUGUUUUGUUACGUUACGUUCUGAUUUAUAUUCUAGAAGCAUCAUUCCAGUUUAACUUGACAUUUCUACAGUUAAAUGUGAUUAAAAUGUUCACGGUACAGAAAAAACUGGUUUUGCCCUUACUACCGGCUAUUUGCUUCAAGCUCCCGACAACUCGACUAACUCUCGAUAACUCGAACUUUUUUCGAUUUCCCUUGAAGGUUCGAGUCGACUGUAGUUGUUAUUUCUUUUAAUUUUUAUCUUACUUUGUUCAGGCUGUGAAGCUCUUGUUGAGGAGAUAAAUACUUACCAACUUCAUCCAGAAAAGAGAGCCUUGCUUCAGACUCCACGUACAACUCCACGGAACACAACUCCGAAAACACUUUGUAUUGUAGGAGGACUCUCGGGAUUUGACAGUCCUGACAGAUAUUUAAGCCGAGCAGACGUCCUUUGUUUGGAAGAUGAAAAGAAAUGGGGGAAAAUGGCGUCCAUGCGUGAGACAAGAGAAUCAGCAGGUACAGUGCGUCGUGCAGUAGACUACAAGUUGGCGUAAAAUAUAAAUACUUAAUUAUCCACUCCCCUGAUGGGGCUUUUCAGGGAUAAUGAAACAAAUAACUCAAAUGCAACAUAAUAUGGUUAAGAAUCACGACCGGUAGAAGGUGAACCAGUUGGCUUUUUACAAGCCUGGCCCGAAGAUUCGAACUUGGGACGGCGGAGAACAAAUCCAGUUAGCGCUCAGGGCAGCGCUUUAACCGCUCGGCCACGCUGCCUCCUGCGUCUGAUUGGUUUAGGGGUGGGGCCCUUGAUGGAGAGAGGAGGGGCUUAUUUAACUUCGCGAAACACAGUAUCAGUAGAAAGAAAGAGGAAAAACAGCGCUGUAUAACGGUAUACUUGCUUUUAGCAACUGAAGUGUGCUCCUGACAUUAAGCACUUGCAGCGUUAAAUCGUACUUUGAUCAUUAUACACGAAGUGCUACGUUUGUAGACCAAAAUCGGCCGCAAUUACGUUGACUGAACCAGAUGUAUUGCCGCCGCAAUGGAACAUUUUACAGUUAUGAGCUUAGUACCCUAGCCUCCGAGUGAAAUUGAGGCUAAGGUUGACCUUGCUUUCAUUUUCUUAUGAAAAUCGUGCAAAAAAAUACUAGUUAGCAUGAGAACAACAUUAUUUACAUGAUAGAGCAGGAAGGGUUGUGUGAACUCCAGCCUCCUUUGCACCCGUAACUGUAAAAUGGACAUUACAUAUGUUAUUAAAUGCCCGUAUACUAUUGGCCCUUUUUCGGUGCAUGGUCACUAGCGUUCCCUUGUUCAGGUCCCCACCAAUGCAGCAAACCAGUUAUUUAGCAGCACAUCCCUUUUGGGUUCAUACCCGUAAUAUAACUGUUCACUUAUGAUCGCAUUCUCGUUGUAGCUGUUGUCAAGCUCAACAACCUCAUCUAUGUAAUGGGCGGCGUCAGUGCUGACGCGAAUCUCAGCUCCGUAGAAUGCUACAAUCCCCAGCUGGAUUCUUGGACUGGACUACCCCCUCUUAAGUAUUGCAAAGGACAAGUAUCCGGAACUGUUUUGAAUGGAUGCAUCUACGUAAUUGGCGGAACUGAUGAUUCCCUUCGAGAAGGUCUGAAGACUGUUGAGAAGUACAAUCCAUGCAGAAACGAGUGGGAGGUAGUUUCGCCCAUGCGCAUAGGAAGAGGAGCAUUAGGUACGUAAUCAUACCUCAUUCUCGACCCCAGUUUGAUGCUUAGGUAUGACCUCAUAUCCUUGUUUCCACGUCUUACCUUUUCCUGUAUCUUUAAGGGUAAAAUUAGCGAGCUUUAGAUGGAGCUUUUGUUCUAUUUGACGGGGAAAUGGAUUGCGCAGUGGUGAGAGCACUCGCCUCCCACCUUUUAAUAGAACUCAGGUCUAUUAAUUACACGUGGAGUCAGAUUUUAUAGCCCUAAGUUAUAGGCCUAUGGUAAAGCUUUUUGUUCAGGUCUUGGAAGAAGGAAUGAGAUCGAAUGGUUGUUGUCAUUAGACAUGUCAGCACACUAUCUUCAAGGGGGUAAACAUUUUUUUCACCGUCACGAUUUCUUAUUAUGUGACCGUUUCAGAUAAAAAAAGACACAAAAUAUACGAAGCUGUAUGAAUAAGCGAGGCUUAGUAGCCCUUGAACAAAGCGAAAUGCAGGACUGGGGCGAAAAAUGCAGAAAUACUGUAUUACCAGGAAUAAAUUUAUAGCUACACCUCAAAGGUGCAAAUUGUGAAAGAAUAAAAUCAUUGGUCACAAAUUUGGUGAAGAUGGUAAUUGCAAUAACUAUAGUGAAAAUUAUCAAACAUAGAUCAGGUCGAUUAUCAGUUUGGUUAUAGUAUAGUGUGCAGCUCUACAGCAUUUGUAAACAAAUUUUCAGUCUUCCCAAUUUGAUCCACCCAAGCUGCUUUAAAUUUUGCCCGCUUCUCUAUUUUUGCUUUCCCUCUCCUACAGAUUUUUUUGUUCAAGGUUUACUAAGCCUUCACUAACAUGCAUUUACGAUCGGUGCUUUAGCUGAAGCCUCAUGCACUCGUUCCAUUGUGUACUUUUCUUUUUGCAACAUCCCCUCCUGUUACAACACAAACUCAGCGCGCUGUGAAAAGAAUAAAACACCUUGAGCCGGGUUAAAUCUUUUUUAGGUGUGGCUUCACUCGAAGGAAAGAUCUAUGCGUGCGGAGGAGGAAACUUCAAUUUUGCCGUCUCAUCAGUUGAGGUCUACGAACCACAGAAAAACCGAUGGUCGACUGCGCCGCCCAUGAAACGCGCACGCGCAUUUCAUGACGUCGUGGUCGUGCGCGAGUCUCUUUACGCGCUUGGUGGCGCGGAAAUGCAAAGCGGCCAGCUUUCGGACCUUCAAGCUUCGGUAGAAAGAUUCCAUCCUGAAACCGGACAAUGGAUGAUUUUGAAAUCGCUGUUCCUACCUUGCUGGGGAAUCAGGGCGGCAGUGAAUCAGAAAUCAGCUGACCAAGAGACUGACGUUUAUAUUGUUGGUCAGUUUCAAUUCACGGAUUCAGAUCAUGGAGCGGUCGCUAAGCUUUGCAUUGGCGAUGAUGACUCGCAUUUGCUUACAAGUGUCCCUUAUUUUGAUGAGCCGUCACCUAGGAUACAGGCAGGUGUUGUAAUUAUGCCUUGAGAUUUGAAAUUACUCAUACGUAGAAAGCAACUCUUUUCUCGACGUCAUGUCGGCGUAGCCGAUAUGUAGAAGUGAACCUGCGAAGGAGCGAUAUUUUCUCGCGCGAUAAAAACUCCCUUUUCGAAGUUCGCCUUUGCAUCUCCUACUUUCACGAUUUCACUUUAACACGUCAACAAAGGCAGAAAUUGCCAGCAGAAAUCAACGGGCAGGUUUCCACUGGCAGUCAGUUGUAACUGGUCAAUUAUUGUUAGUUUGUGACAGAUAUGUACAGAAGAACGUUUUCAUCUUGUUCUGGAUGAAAAGAAUUUGAAAUCUGUCCAUAAAAUGCAUGCGCAGGUGGAAAAUCGAUCUUAUAACACCACUGUAAAAGUAUCUUCUAUGGUCUCUCAUUGCCGAGGGGAUACAGUUCCUAGUUCAUUCGUUAACUUUCAAAGGCCUCCACAACCUAUCGCCUUUCUACAUGAAAGAGUUCCUUAUGUGCUCCUUAUCGUCCCGCACAUUAGCUGUGGUUAUUUGGCCUUUGCCGAUUACCGCAUGAAGCUUGUUGUAGGUCUGAAUUAAUUAUCAAUAAUAAACUGGUAUGCUUUGGUGGCUAUUUUUGAUAGUGUCGCUGAAGUCUUUCAGUUCUUUUGUCCGGUUUUCCUCACUACCCACCUUGAUUAGCUAACCAGCUAUUUUCGGGUAGAAUGCAAUUUUAAAAUGUGAGAUACAAAAAAUGUUGUUAUUGUUGUAACCUGCUCGCGGAGUUUACACAUGACGUCACGUCCGCCGUAUUCGUUUUCCAGAAGAAGGAAACGGUGGCCAUGUUGGUGUCCCAAACCAGUACUGUGGGAUUUGAAUUCUCUUUUGAAUUUGUUAUGUAAAAACUUUCUUUUACUCCAAUAAAUUUACGUAGAUGCUGGUCACGUGAGUGAAAACACUUUAAAAAACAGGUACUCGUCUAAGCACUCUCGCACUUUAUGUAAUGAUGUCUCUUAUCUGCUUUGUUCGUUGCGUUGUCGUUGUUUUUGUUUUCUGGUGGCAAUCUUUGCUUACCCUUUGAGCCCUAACAAUGAUAAACAUUUCAGUAAUUUCUUCUUCUUCAGUCCUACAAUACCACUCCAUCAUAAAACUUCAAGGUCACGAGAAUUCAGAAAAUGAUCAAGAAAUAUGAACUGUCUAGACUCUGAAACAGAUCCUCGUCAUCAGAACCACAGGAAAUUUUUCUGGAUAACCGUACGUGUUAAAAAUGACUUUAAGAGGCUACUCGCUGGGCACUAAUGUGAACACCGCUUUUUGCAAGUACCCCAUGCCAGAAUUCAGUCACGAAAGUAGUCACCGGAUCCCCUGUGUGCACACGUGUUUCGUUAAUUCCAAGGCAAUCUACUUCUUUUCAUACCCACAACUUCCUGCUAAGCUCAAGUUUAAAAAUAGCCUGCGACAAGGCGAAUUCUUCAAAUGCAUUUCGAAUUCGCAUAUUUCUCUUCCUUUCUUACUAAUUUGGAACUGAAACGUGAACUGUACCUUCAUACACUCCCGUGGUUCCCUCGAAAAACCAUACCCGAUUCCAGACCAAAUUGGGCAAAAUCUAUACCCGUUUUCAGACCAAAACAGCAAAACCCUACCCGUUGGGGCCGCACAUACCCACAUGGCUUAUAAAAUGGAGUGACUCCCCCCGGAACCACAGAAAAUUUCUGUAUCAGUGAUAAUGCUCUGUCUUUAUAAUUUUAUGCCGUGUGUUUUGGUCGUUGUGUCCAACAUUGGGGCGG